AUGCAGGCCCCUGUGGUUGUUAUGAAUACCCAGAAUGAAGGGAGACAGAUUGGCCGAAAGGCACAGAUGUCAAAUAUCGCAGCUGCCAAAACUGUUGCCGAUAUUAUCCGAUCAUGUCUGGGCCCGAAAGCCAUGCUUAAGAUGCUUCUUGAUCCCAUGGGCGGAAUUGUUUUGACCAAUGAUGGCCAUGCAAUCCUUCGAGAGAUUGAAGUUGCUCACCCCGCCGCAAAGAGCAUGAUAGAGCUGAGCCGGACGCAAGAUGAAGAAGUUGGUGAUGGAACUACGACUGUUAUUGUGCUUGCCGGAGAAAUUCUGGCGCAUGCGCUCCCCCAGCUCGAACGCAACAUCCACCCUGUUCUCAUAAUCUCUGCCUUCAAGCGAGCCCUUUCCGACGCUCUUGCCAUAAUCGAGGAAAUAUCCCUUCCAGUCGAAGUGGAUGAUGACAAGGCCAUGUACAGUCUGAUACAGUCGUCGAUCGGAACUAAAUUCGUCUCUCGCUGGUCAGAACUCAUGUGCGGCCUAGCUCUGAAGGCAGUGCGAACCGUAUCUCUUGAUAACGGCAGCGGCAGGAAAGAAGUUGAUAUUAAACGAUAUGCGCGUGUCGAGAAAAUUCCCGGCGGCCAGAUCGAAGACAGUGAGGUCAUAGAUGGUGUCAUUAUCAAUAAGGAUAUCACCCAUCCCAAGAUGCGACGAAGGAUAGAAAACCCAAGAAUCAUCCUUCUUGACUGUCCUUUGGAGUAUAAGAAGGGAGAAUCCCAGACCAACAUUGAAGUCAGCAAAGAGGACGAUUGGAAUAAGAUUCUACAGAUCGAAGAAGAGCAGGUCAAGCGCAUGUGUGAUGCCAUCAUUGCUCUUAAGCCUGAUUUGGUCAUCACUGAGAAGGGUGUCUCCGAUCUGGCGCAACAUUUCCUAGUUAAGCAGAAUAUCACUGCCCUUCGACGUGUGCGAAAGAUGGACAACAAUCGCAUUGCCCGUGCUACUGGUGCUACCAUCGUCAACCGUGUCGACGACCUACAGGAAUCCGAUAUUGGAACCCAGUGCGGCAUCUUCGAGAUUGAAAAGAUCGGUGAUGAAUACUUCUCGUUCCUCAGAAAGUGCAAGAACCCGAAGGCCUGCAGCAUCAUCCUCAGAGGUCCAUCCAAGGAUAUCCUUAACGAGGUCGAGCGAAAUCUUCAAGAUGCCAUGUCCGUGGCCAGAAACGUUAUUUACCAUCCUCGCCUAUCCCCUGGUGGAGGUGCCACUGAGAUGGCCGUCUCCGUCAAGCUUGCUAACCUAGCCAAGUCGGUCGAAGGUGUCCAGCAAUGGCCGUACAAGGCCGUCGCCGAUGCAAUGGAGGUCAUACCGCGAACUCUAGUCCAGAACUCUGGAGCCAACCCAAUCCAGGUCCUCACUGCUUUGAGAGCCAAGCAUGUCGAAGGCCGCAGCACUUGGGGUAUCGACGGUGAUACCGGAAAGCUUGUUGAUAUGAAGGAGUAUGGCGUAUGGGAGCCCGAAGCCGUCAAACUGCAGAGCGUCAAGACUGCCAUUGAGUCUGCAUGCCUGCUACUGCGUGUUGAUGACAUCUGCAGCGCUAAAUCCCUAAACCAAGCUGCUAACAUGGGAGGCGGUGAAGAGUAG